AUGAAAAUAAAAUGUUAAGAAUUAAAUUAAUAAUAAAAGUAAGUAAAAGUUGAAAAUCAAAAAAUGAGUUAAAUUAAGAAAGAAAAAAAAAUGCAACCAAAAUUAACAAGAAAUUAAAAUAUCUCAAUCCAAAAUAAUAAUAUCUUUUUACCCAAGUCCAAGUACCUAAUUUAAGAGAUUAGUGCAUUUUGGUAAAGCAGAAUUUAAGUAUAAUGUACUAACUAAAUGCACCAAUUUAAUUUCUACUUUUUAAAUAUUAAAAAUAUAUUAAUAAUUAACUAAUUAGAAGGAAAAAUAGAGAUAAAAUAUGAAAUAAUAAAUAGGAAAUUAAUUAAAAAUCAAUAUUUUUUCAGCCAAGAAAUCCAAGAAAUUGAAUGA